UAUCUUCCUUCUUGGAUGAAUGAUCUUUCCGACUACAACAGCAAUGCCAUCCCGACUUCCUAGCAAAUCUUCGCUAAUCGUGAUCGUGGGUGCUGGUAUCUUUGGCCUGAGCACAGCCAUCCACCUCGCCGAACGCGGCUACAAGAACAUAAAAAUCAUCGACAAGCAAGCCUAUCAUGAAUCGCAGUAUUCGUACGACAAAGGCUGCGAUGCUGCCUCGGCAGACAUCAACAAGAUCAUCCGCACAGCCUAUGGCUCUGAAAUAUGGUAUCAAGAGCUUGCGCUCGAUGCUGUUACCAAGUGGAAGAGAUGGAACGAGGAGAUAAAAACCGGCAAGACGCUUCCUCCUGGAUUCUCUACCAAUGAUGCGCUCUUCGUCAAUAACGGGACCCUCACGAUUACCACGGAUACUUCACUGCCCCAGUUCGAGAAAGACACCAUUCGAAACAUGACGAAUGCAGGUCUCGGAAGCACGCAGGUUAAUCUGAGUAACCCCGACGAUGUAGCUCGCGCGAAGAACAACGGCUUCGGGUUCGCUGUGGACGCAUUGAACCUGAAAGAUAACCUUGCCUUACUUGACACGCAUGCGGGAUUCGUCUACGCCGACAAGGCCUGUCGUUUCGCACUUUACAAGGCAGAGAGCUUAGGCGUGCAAGUCAUCCUCGGAGGCAAGAAAGGUACAUUCUCAAGCUUUCUCGAGAACGCAGAGUCCCGUAUCACCGGCGUACGUACGGCAGACGGUGUCUCCCACCCUGCCGAGUUGACCAUAAUGGCUUGUGGCGGCUGGACUCCAUCGCUUGUCACCCAUCUCGAUAAUCUCUGCGAGACUACAGCCGGAACCGUCGCCCUGUUCCAGCUCCCGCCGAACAAAGCUCUCUGGGAUCGAUUUGCCCCUGAGAACUUUCCCACCUGGUCAUAUAACCUUCGACACGGAAAACACGGCGGUUUAUACGGCUUCGCCCGGGAUCCUCACGGCGUCGUAAAGAUGGGAUACCGGGGUUCAAAAUUCACCAACCCGCAACCACAACCUGACGGCGCAACCAGAAGUGUCCCAAAGACGCGCUGGACGGCAGAAUCGAUCCACCAGAUCCCAACCACAGCAGCGCGGGUAUUCAAGCGCUUUGUGCAAGAAUUCCUACCCGAGUUGAUGCAAUGCGAGAUGAGCACCCGGCUCUGCUGGUACACCGAUUCAUUCGAUAACCACUUCGUGAUUGACUUUGUGCCUGGCAAAGAAGGGCUGAUGGUUGCGACGGGAGGUAGCGGACAUGGGUUUAAGUUUCUUCCGAAUAUUGGCGAGCAUGUGGUAGAUAGGAUUGAGGGGAAGGAGAAUGGUUAUCUGCCGUUGUGGAAGUGGAGAAGCUUGGGGGACGGGGCGAUGCCGGUUAAUCGCAUCAUGCAGGGCGUUGGUAAUGAGCUGUCACUGCAACGCCAGAGUUUGAUGACGAUGAAUGGUUUGACUGAGCAGUAUAGUCGUUUGUGAUUGAGGGCUGUCGCGAAGUCCACCUAGAUAGAGGAAUCCUUCACUUUUCUUCACUUAAGUCAGC